ACACUCGUUGCCAAAGGCGAAGCAAAGAACGGAAUUGGUGGUAAUGCUCCGAAGGCAGCUAGGAUGCUGAAAAUGAACCUUUAUAUGUCGUCUGUGCUCAAACAAAAUAAGACAGUGGCAGCAGUCGAGAGUGUCGAUCUUUGGUUCGAUGAACUAAAACAACAUGGAGUUCCUGAUGACAAUAUAAUGACCAUGGCAGUUUUCAAUCGUGGCGUUGGUCACUACACUCAGGUGAAAUGGACAACUGUGAAAGGUGAUGAUAGCUGGCUAAAAACGUAUGUGAUCUUUUGA